CGAGAAGGGUUAACAAAAACGAUUCAUUCGGAUCCCAUGAGUGUCAAAGUAAGACCGAAGACCGUCCUUUAACAAUGACUUUCAAAUGACAUUUCCAGAAGCUCAAUCGACAAGUCGAUGCGCUCACAAAACACGAAUCUUGGCAAACCAAAUCGCUUCCGAAAUCCAAUAUUAUGACGAUUGCCAUCUACCAGUCGAUUUUCUCGUUAAUUCUCGUUGGAGGAUUUCUUUCUUCAACCUCACUUGCUGCUACCUGCAGUGGGGGCACGAUAGGCGACGGUAUCUGUGUCGACAACACCUUGUGCUGUUCACGAUUUGGCUGGUGCGGAUUAGGUCCCGAUUGGUGUGAUGAAGGCAAUACAGCAUCCCCUCCUACUCCUGCUGCAGCUCCAACCAUAACAGGCUCACCGCCCUCACCGGUUCCACCUACAGUUCCCGUCAUACUAAAUGACGACUCUCGAAUGAUUGCCUACAUGGGAAACUGGCAUACCUGUCCGACAGCCGCGCAACUCACUCAGUACACGCACGUGGUCUUAGCAUUUGCAGUUUCGUAUACUUGGGCUCCUGGUAAGAACCAAUGUGAUACACAGUGUAACAUUGCCACACCGCCUGUUUGCAACAAUGCACCGAACGACUCUUUGAUCAGCGACCUACACGCCGCUGGCAAGAAGAUCAUUCUCAGUUUCGGCGGUGCUGGUAUGGGAGGAAGCUGGUCGUCCUCACAGGAUGACUGCUGGGACUACUGUUUCGGGAAAGAAGAGAAGGUUGUUUCGCGCCUGACUGAGAUUAUUGAUGACAUGAACUUGGACGGUAUCGAUAUUGACUACGAGUAUUUUUACGAAGACAAUCAGAAUGGCUCGGGAUUUACUAAGGGAGCACAAGCCCAGAAGUUCCUUACAGAAAUUACUGUCGGCCUGCGCAAUAGUCUUCCAGCUGGAUCGAUUGUCACCCAUGCUCCUAUGGAUUCUGAUUUGGUUCCGGGAAAAGCAUUCUAUAAGUUGUUGAAGGAUAUCAGUGGAACUUUGGAUUUCAUCAUGCCACAGUAUUACAAUGGCCUGGUGCGUCCAGCCUUGGAUGGAGUUGAUGGAUCUGGAUUUGGGCAAGAAACAUCUAUAUCCCUUUACUCUCAGUUGGCGAACGAUUAUUUUGGUGGUGACGCCACCAAAAUUGUAUUCGGGUUCUGCAUCAAGGAUUGUAGUGGGACUAACAGCAAUGCCAACGCGGUUCAGGCGGCAGCGGUCAUGAGCGAAUUAAGCAGCGUGUACGACUGCAACGGUGGAGCCUUCUUUUGGGUUGUCAAUGAUGAUACUAAUGGGUCUUGGUCCUCCCAAGUGAACCAAGUUGUGCAGCUCAAUGCUGGGUGUGCGGCGUCAAACUCUCCCAGUACUGUCGCUCCCUCGUCUUUUGUUGCCACGACCCAUCCUAGUGCUGCUCCGACCAAACAACCGAACCAAAGUCCCAUGGCUGCACCCACGAAGGGAACGCCGAACCCGUCUUUCGCACCCACCAGCAAACCUUCGCUCCGCGCCACUACUGCACCCAGCAACGCAGAUGGUUUCGAAGAAACCAAAUGUUGCCCGCCGGACUUCACAGGACUGCGGGCCUUGGACAAUUGUUCCAAGUUUUUCCACUGUGUGGGUGGUGCCGUUGUGGGUCCAGAGACAAGUUGUGGCAGUGGGUUGUUGUUUGACCAGAAGUUCAUGUACUGUAACUGGAGUGACCAGGUGGCUUGUGUUCCCAACGUUUGUUAA